UGCGUGUUGUAUUUUAGUUGCUGAUUCUUGUUAACGUGUAAAGUUUUGCCGUUAAAAAUGCCAAAGAAAUCCAGCAAAGCUCAGUGGAACGGAAGAGAUCCCGCUGCGCAAAACGUGCAGGGUAAACACUACUUCGAUCACGACAAUCGCACAAUCCACCCGAACUCCGGGAGACCUCGAGUGUCAUUCAAAUCACAAGGAAGACACGGACCGGAUCGAGGAAGAAACCUCAAAACUGGGUUAACAAAUUACCUGGGCGAAGACAUCUCAAUGACCGUAGGAGCGAGCAAUGGACCUAGGCAAGUCUUGGUCAGGGGCAAAAUCGGUAGGCGGGCGUCUUGGGGUAGAUUGAUUCCGUUUCCGCAGCAUGGUCGGAGAGAGGGAAGGCAGGGGUCUCAACACCGCCCUCCAAUGUUCGCAGACUCCAACUGGUUCAAAGUUACGAUACCGUAUGGACACAAGUACCAGAAAGACUUUGUAGUGAAGAGCCUGAACAGUUACAUAUCACCCGAUAUGUUCGUACCAAUAAUGUACAAAGUCUUACCAAAUGAAGCCGUGUUCUAUGUCGAUGACCCGAACACCGCCGACAAAUUGUACAACUGCGAUCGUAAAAUAACUACCAAUGAUGGAUUCAAGAUACAAGUAAGGGUAAAGCCUGGUUUUCCCCAAGUUGAAAUCGAUCAGACGCUUAGAGAAAGGAUGAAACUUGCCAUGGUAAAGAGAUACGUGCAGGAAACUAAUGCUCUAGAUCUUUCCAAAUUUCAUCAAGAUCCUGACCUUGUAACAGACUACUUUUGCGCCUUAUUCAGGCCACUGAUGUUGGCCGCAGUUAUAGACAUCGUCGCCGAGCACAUACCCAACUUAGAAGCAUUAAAUUUAGAUGGUAACAAACUGGCAGUUAUCGAGCGACUCAAUAUUUUAACCAAAAAGUUACCAAAACUCAAAGUUUUAUACAUCGGUGAGAAUCGGAUACAGGAAGUCAGUCAUCUGGAUGUGAUAAAGGACCUAAAACUAGAAGAACUGAGGCUCGCUGGUAAUCCCGUUUGCGCAAAGUACAAAGAUCGUCAAACUGCAUAUUUCAGUGACGUACGAAAGAGGUUUCCAAGACUUCUGAAACUGGACGGAAUUAUACUCCCACCGCCUAUUCGAUUUGACGUCGCCGACGAGACAGCCAGUUUACCGCCUACUCAAAGAAUGUACGUCGUUAACACAGAUGCGCAAGCAAUUGCUGGCCAAUUUCUGCAGCAGUAUUUCAUGAUAUUCGACAGUGAUAAUCGUCAGCCAUUGCUAGAUGCAUAUCAUGAACAGGCCUCAUUUAGUAUGACUGUUUCUUAUGGAAGUAACGCCAAUAAACUGGAUAGUUACCUACGUGAGAAUAGAAAUCUGUUCCGCCUUAACGACAUCGAGAGAAAACGGAAGCUACUAAAGCAAGGCAGACUUCCUGUAGUUUCCUUUAUAUCAGAAAUGCCCAAGACUAAACAUGACCUGGACGGCUUUACUAUGGAUCUAUGCUUAGCCACGGAAACCAUGAUGAUGAUAAUCGUUACCGGAUUGUUCAAGGAGCUGGAUGGCAAGAAAAAUCCUAUCCGCUACUUCAAUCGAACUUUUCUCAUAGUCCCCGAGGGUGGAGGGUACUGCAUUUGCAAUGAGCAAUUGCAUAUUAGCCAUCCAACCGACGAGCAGGAGAAGAAAGCAUUCACUGUGCGACAGAGUCAGCCAUCUAGUUCCUCAACACCGGCAUCAACAUCAUCAGGUACAUCAGUUGUAACUGGAAUUAGUGACGAAGCGAAACAACACAUGACGAUAGCGCUAAGUGAAAAGACAAAGAUGAACUUGGAAUGGAGUUUCAAAUGCUUGGCGGAGGUUCAAUGGGACUUUAAUAACGCUUUGGCAGCGUUUCAGGAAUUUUACACACUUGGUCAAAUACCGCCGGAAGCUUUUUUACCGAACAAAACGUGAAACUUUGCAUUUCUCCCUAGUGCAUUUCACCUUACCAUUGUUAUCAAAUUUUCCCCGCUUUUGUCAACGACUCCAGCAGCAUUUGACCAGGUAAACAUCCGCUGCUACUCCAAGAGCCUUCAACCGAGAUCUUACUCUUAGUUGUUUAUUCAUUUCGUAAAAAUGUGCAGUAGCACGUAUGUUUUCAAAACUUGUGAGUUUGAAAUAGGUCGAACUUUGUUUUGUGAGGCGUUGCGCAACGUAUAAAUGUGACGGGGAAAAUAUUCAUUUGCAAUGCUUGCUCAAAAGUUGAAAGUUAAAGUUAUGAUUGAAUCUAGUUGGUUUCCAAAUAGAUAUUUCUUAUUCAAAUUCUCGUUAAUUUUGCUCGGUUUGUUCACCUUAAGACACGAUUAUACGUUACGCCGAAUUCUUCAAAUAUUUGUAAUAAAACUAACUAUAUUUUGAAACAAAAAAAAAAGAAAAGUAAAAAAACUGGAACAAAUGAGAAUUUCAGUUUUACGCGAAAUAGCUAUUGGUAGCUACAUUGUAAAUAUCACGCUUUAUAGGAGAAAUGUGUGUGUAUGUAAAUACAUAUAUAUAAGCGAAGAAGUAAAAGAGAAAAAAAAUUCUGUUCAGUUUACCAUCAUCUCGAAAAAAUCAGGUUAUCUGUCUAACAUGUAGAAAUUUACCACAAUACUACGUAAAUUUUGUUAGCCACACGUGUCUUUUCUUUCAAAAAUAUUUACGCCUGAAAAAUACCGAAGCCUUUUUUCUCCAAGUCAUCUGAUGGUCAAAGAAUGAACGAAAAGCAUAAAUAAAUAGACUUAUACUUGCAAAUCUGUCGUUUCAAUUGGUAUACGUUAUGAAUCUGAUCAACAAUUUCGUCAAAAUUGAGACUACAUUAAAAAAAAUUUUACGGUAAAUAUGUAUAGUUUCUAAUUUGGUUAAUAGACCUUGAAGAACUAUGGGUUUCUAUGGAAUACGAACCAAAAACACAAUGGAGUGAGACAGAAACUACAAUUUUUCUGGUGUUGGUGGUUCGUUCUCUAUUAUAUCCCACUAAGGUUUUUAACCAGUGUGACUAUAGUUUUUCUGCUGUCCUGGAGAAAUAAUGGCAAAGUAUCAGCACACGUCAGUGGCAACAAAUUUGGUAACUCAUUGAGAACGUAUAAAUAGAUUUCACACUAAUUCUGUUCAAGUAUAAGUAUCUGCUUUCACGGAUACAUAUUAUUCGUAAAAUAUGAAAGUAUUCACUUAUAAUACAUGGGAAACUCAGUGACACCUUAUAUCCGGAAAAAAGGGAUGCCAGGAAUGUAUAAAUAUAUGAAAAAGAAUGAUGGAAAUCCGUAGAUUAAAUCAUGGAAUUAGAUUAAUGCGAUAAUUCGUGUACAGUUGGAUUAUGAUGCAUGAUAAGCAUGAAAUAGCUUUCCAUUUCUUUGUACAAAAACAAAAAUUUGACAAUGGUUUGGAAGAAAACAAGAAUUCAUGACAAUAGUCAAGCAUAGCGAAUAAUUAAGAUGAUUUAUUUUCUCUAUAACUUCCCGAUGAUAAAAAACACCGCAUGACAAUAAUGAAAAUUCAUCGAGAAAGAAAAUCACUUUAUCAUUUCUUUUCUUUACUUUAUUUUCUUUUUCUAAAACAAUUUACUUUGGAUUAAAGAAAAUGAAGAGACGAUGUCAUACGAAACUAAUAAAAAUCAGUGGCAGUAAAAAUUACAUUGGAUGAAGUUAAAAGUCAACUCAAAGAUAAAGAUUGCAAAUAUAUAUCUCUCUCUCCCUCUCUCUCUCUGGAGAUUGGAAACUACCAGGAUAUGCUUGACACAUCUUCGUUUGACUGACUGAAGCUACGACUUAACGGCAGUCAGGCAAUUCAUCGAUAAUGUGCGGAGACGCACGUUUCAGCGUUUCGAAAUUUCAGUUCCAAACUCCCAAGGACUUGAAAAACGUAUGAACGUUAUGUCUGAAUCAUCUCGUACUUCACUACCGAGGAAGAGGGAAGCAUUUGCCCAAGUUAACGAUACCGAUGCCUCAAAAUCUCCAAUGACAGGCGAAGAUAAACUCUAAUUAGAAAAAUGAAUAAAUAAAAAAUUUACUAAAAGAACCAGAAGAAGAAAACAACACUUGUGUUUAAAUGCUUAAAUUUUAAAAAAAAGUUGCUAAAAACAAAAAAAAAACAAUACUACAAGAGUAGUGCUUAUCUACUGAGUUCCGCAUCGCCUGCCCUGAUAAUUAAAAGAAGAAACAAAUUCUAUGGCAGAGUUUUUUUUUUUUUUUAUUAUUGUUUCGUAUGAUUUAUUGUUUGUAAUCGAUAAGAAUAUCAAUAACGCCAAACCCAUAUCAACCUUGAAGUACAAAGUUGUUGAAAUUUUGAAUAAAAUCAGAUAUUUCAUGCUUAUUAUGUACACCAUGUAUUCCGCUUAUGAAACAAAAGUAAUAAAUGUACAUUUCUUCAAAUUUAUAGUAAUAUCAUCAAGUCAUCAAUGCCUUCUAUUCGUAACCUUUUAUUCUUUGGCAAGGUGUGGAAAAAAUUGAACUAAAUUUUUUUCAAUUUUUCAUAAGUCUGCAAUAAUACGUAAAAUACUAAUAAGAAAAUUAAAACGUUAUUAUUGUUAUUAACGACAAAAAGAAAAUAAUGAUUUUUCUUUAUCACUUGUAUGUAAUCAUAGUUAUUCUUAAGUCAUUAUUCAUUAAAUUAUCAUUUGCAAUGAUUAUAUUAUUGACGUAUCACCGGAUGCAUAAUGACUACUCGUCAUACGCCCAAUUAUUCACCAUAUCUCGUGUAUUGAAAAAAAUGAAUAUAAUUUCAAUGAGAUAUAUGUUUAAUUUUUCUGCGUACUUUGAACGCACACUGUUUUAUGUAUUUAGUGUUUAUCUGAUGAUGUGUAUACAAAUAUUAUUGUCCAUAUGUGCAAAGAUGGGUCUUCGAUAUCCUGUACAUGUGACGUUACGUAAUACUGUUGUAUGUUAAGUAAAAAAUUCACAAAAAAUAUGCACAUGUACAAGCGGGUUAUUUAAUUGCUAUGUUUUCAUUAAACUUCUUUCGUUUAGUUUUUCGUCUGUCACAAUGAACUUCUCUAAAUUCAGAAGAAACGAUGUACGGGAAGGUUCGGUAUUAUUUUUUUUUUUUUUCUAUUUUUUUUUAUGCCUUUUUGAUCCAUAAGUUUUACGGACACAAUAUUUAUUAGUUGGAAAAUUUUUACGCCCACUUUAAUCGCGUAACAUAUGUUUUCACGAAUCUCUCACCUACUUAUCUGUAAGUAAGCAAAACAGUAACAUGUAAAGAAUAUUAGCAGGUAUACGAAAAUAUUGUUUUUUCUGUAAUAUAUUUAUUAUUUCAUUAAGACAUAAGGGAAAAAAAUAAAUAAAAAUAUUCAAAACGAU